GAGACACAUCGCCGCACGUGCACUAAUUUGCGAUCAAUUUGACGAGUCAACGUUUGAUCGCGACUGGUCAAUCUAUCAUCGACAGCAUCACAUCCCGUCGCACAUGUGUGUCUCGGGUUUAUAUUUUGUUCGAUUUAUAAGCACAGACAAUCUGUAUAUUUGUUGACAUUACAACAAGAAAUCAAGAUUGGAAGUAAUACAUCAUCUUUUAUUUAUGCACUAACUUGUGCAAUUUUAUUCAUUUAUUCAUUGAAAAAGUCAAAUUUAUGAUAAUGACUGUUAGUUUGAGAACAAUGGGACUUGUAAAAUCAAAUCGCCGCGUUCGGCGAAGUUUGAACGUGCGCAAAUACGUGAGCAAUCAUCUUCUAGCGGACGGCGAGGUGAAGAAAGAAAAGGUACCGUUCAACAUCGACACAAACAUGUUGAAAAUUGGCUUUCUCGGUGGUGGAAAAAUGGCCCAGGCGCUCGCCCAAGGCUUCAUACGUGCGGGUUUGAGCAAGGGCGAGAAGAUAUUAGCUAGUUGUUUACCAACUGACAUUGGAAGUAUUCAAGCGUUUAAGGAAAUGGAAUCAAAUACCGUUUUUGCCAAUAUUCCCGUCGUCGAUCACAGUGAUGUGCUGAUUCUGUCGGUGAAGCCGCAAGUUGUGCCAAAAAUUCUGCCGGAAGUGAGGACACGUAUCAAUAAAAAAUUACUCAUUUCCAUCGCAAUGGGCAUCUCCUUGGAGUCAAUAGAAACGGCGCUGCCGGAGGGAACACCUGUAAUCAGAGUGAUGCCGAACACGCCCGCACUGGUACGUUGCGGUGCCACGGUGUUCGCGCGUGGAAAGUACGCAACUGACAAAGAAGCUGAGAUCACGGAAAAAUUGUUCUCUUCCGUUGGCAUUUGCGAGGAAAUUUCGGAAAAUCUUAUUGAUCCCGUCACAGCCUUGGCUGGCUCCGGUCCUGCUUACGUGUACAUGAUAAUCGAGGCACUGGCCGAUGGUGGAGUCAAAAUGGGACUAGCUAGACCGAUCGCGUAUAAACUCGCUGCACAAACUGUCUUAGGCGCGGGUACUAUGGUUCGUGAAACAAACAUUCAUCCAGGUCAACUUAAGGAUGACGUAUCAUCGCCUGCAGGAUCCACUAUAACUGCUAUUCAUCAUUUAGAAAAACAUGGACUAAGAUCGGCUCUAAUUGGCGCUGUAGAAGCAGCAACGCUUCGAUGCAGAGAAGUCAGUUCGAAAAUAAAAGCAAGUUAGAAUUUUGACAAACGUUGACGACUUUUAGCAAAAAAGAUAGUGCAGAAUAGUGAGAUUUACAUCAUAAAACGUAAAUCAUAGAAUUUUACAUUUUAUAAUGCUAUCAACAUCAAACAGUAUCACGUUGACUGUUACAGAAAAGUUGUCAAUAGACUGAGAAGAAAAUCUAUGUUUUGUAAUAGUUGAAUCUAUAUCAAACUUUUAAGUAGUUGUUAAUUGUACAAAUUUUUCGAAAAUUCUGACAAAAUAAUUCCACGUUGUUGUUUUUAUUGUAAAAACUACAAAAAGACGGAAAUUUUCGGCUAAGAAAUCAAUUUCGACAAAACAAUUUUAUAUAAUAAUUUGAAAUCAUCUCACGCAAGAAAUUGUGUUGCUCUAUUUUAAAAAACCCAGAUUUAUUAAAAUUAGGACAUAAAACACAAAUUUAUAAAUCGGCUUCCACGGCGGUGGUCAACGUGUUAAAUGCUACAAAAUUGUAUAAAAGUGCUGUAACUGUCUCUCUAAAAUCUCUAGUGUGAAUAGAAACUAUGUAUAUUUUACGCAUCAGACAAAAUUUUAGUACUCGAUUUGAAUCAACUUGGAAAAAUAUAUCGCAACUACAGAUAAUAAAUCUGGCAGAUAACAACUAUUAUUUGUAACUAGGUUGUCAAAAAUAUCUGGUUAUAAAUAAUAAAUGAUGUGUGAUCGUAUAUAUAGUUAUAUAAGAUGGAGAUGAUCUCAUAUAUCAUAAUUAUACAGAUACAGAAUUUGUUAUAUUUUUUUUUUUCUCGGAAAUUUGUUAUAGAUUUUUUUCUCGGAAGCACUCUCAAUGCGAAACACGUAAAACUGAAAGAUAUCUACAUGUAGAUCUGAUAUUAAAUCUUAUGAUAACGAAUUUAAACGUAUAAUCAAUGUUUUCUAUCUUUUGAUCCAAACAAUUUAGUUUCGUAACUAAAUAAUAAUAUUACAUAAUCACAUUAAAUAUGUACAUAUAAAAUAUCACAUGCCAUUUUAUUCUUGUAAA